CAGAAAAAAAAAUACAAAUAAAAGCGGAACAGUGGCGUCUCUCUUUCCUCUUCGCAGUUGUCUUCAUUUCCCCAAAUCUCUCCAAAAAAAAAACUAUCUUCGAUAUCGCACGCGCCGCCGCAGGCUUCGCCGCCGGCAACUGCUUUUACCCUUACCCUUUUCGUCUCCCCUCUCUUCCUCAAUUCAUAAAAACCCAUAAAGAAGAAUUCCCUCUGCUUCGUUUUAUCUCUUUCCGCAUCAGUUGUUUCUCUCUGAUUGCCUUUGUUUCUUUCAUUUCUAUCUUGAUUGCUCUGUAAUAAACGAGAGGGGAGAGAAGAGCACAAAGAAAUAAAACCCCCAAAAAAGAAGAAAAAAGUUUCAAAAACCAAAAAAAAAGAAGAAAAUGGCUCAAAGUCAAACUCAAAACGGCUCUGUUCCGCCGGUUGGUUCGGGUGCAGUGGGCGCUCAGUUCGGUACGACGUCGCUUUACGUCGGAGAUCUGGAUGCGAGUGUUACCGACUCGCAGCUUUUCGAUGCGUUUAGCCAGAUGGGUCAAGUUGUGUCGGUUCGUGUCUGUAGAGACUUGGCUACUCGGAGAUCCCUCGGAUAUGGUUAUGUCAACUUCGCCACUCCCCAAGAUGCUGCAAGAGCCAUCCAGGAACUGAACUACAUACCACUUAAUGGCAAACCCGUUAGGGUCAUGCACUCUCACCGUGACCCUAGCGUUCGCCGAAGUGGCGCAGGAAACAUAUUCAUCAAGAAUCUAGACAAGUCCAUAGACCACAAAGCCUUGCACGACACCUUCUCCGCCUUCGGGAACAUCAUCUCCUGCAAAGUAGCUCUCGAUUCAUCAGGCCAAUCAAAAGGCUACGGCUUCGUUCAAUACGAAACCGAGGAGUCUGCUCAGAGAGCUACGUCCGAAUUAAACGGCAUGCUGCUGAACGACAAGCAAGUCUACGUCGGACCUUUCCUCAGGAGGCAAGAGAGAGACUCCAACACCGCCGCUAACGUGACCAAAUUCACCAACGUGUAUGUGAAGAAUCUCGCUGAGUCCACUACGGAGGAUGAUUUGAAGAGCGCUUUCGGCAAGUUUGGGGAGAUCACGAGCGCUGUGGUGAUGAGAGAUGGGGAUGGGAAGUCGAAGGGGUUUGGGUUUGUUAACUUUGAGGAUGCGGAGGAUGCUGCUAAGGCUGUGGAAGGUCUUAACGGGAAGACGUUUGGUGGUGAUAAGGAGUGGUAUGUUGGUAGAGCGCAGAAGAAGUCUGAGAGAGAGAGUGAGUUGAAGGUUCGGUAUGAGGAGAGUUUGAGGGAGGCUGCGGAUAAGUUUCAGAGCUGUAACUUGUAUGUUAAGAAUUUGGAUGAGAGUGUCUCUGAAGAGAAACUCAAGGAGAUGUUUGCACCUUAUGGCACUGUUACAUCUUCCAAGGUGAUGAGGGAUGCUAAUGGAAUAAGCAGAGGCGCUGGUUUUGUAGCGUUCUCCACUCCUGAAGAAGCAACCAAAGCUAUGUCAGAGAUGAGUGGUAAGAUGAUUGAAAACAAACCUCUCUAUGUUGCUGUUGCUCAGAGAAAGGAGGACAGAAGGGCCAGACUCCAGGCUCAGUUUUCGCAAAUGAGACCAAUGGCGAUGCCACCAGCUGUUGGACCUCGUAUGCAGAUGUAUCCCCCUGGUGGUCCCGGGAUGGGACAACAAAUGUUCUAUGGUCAGGGACCUCCUACUAUGAUUACUCAACCGCCCGGGUUUGGCUACCAGCAGCAGCUUGUUCCUGGAAUGAGACCUGGUGGGGCACCGAUGCACAACUUCUUCAUGCCAAUGGUUCAGCAGGGCCAGCAACGUCCUGGAGGGAGACGCCCUGUAGGGAUCCAGCAAUCUCAGCAGCCUCAGCAGCACCAGAUGCAGCCGAGGGGACGAAUGUUCCGCUAUCCGCAAGGCCGUGGGAGUGGUGGUGGUCCCCCUGAUGUUCCUGGAAGGCUUCCAUAUGAGAUGCCCCAGCAUGUUCCUAUUGGAGCUUUGGCUACUUCCCUUGCCAAUGCUUCUCCUGAACACCAAAGAGCGAUGCUGGGUGAGAAUCUUUAUCCGCUUGUGGAGCAGCUAGAGGCAGAGUCUGCAGCCAAAGUGACUGGGAUGCUUUUGGAAAUGGAUCAGACUGAAGUGCUCCACCUCUUGGAGUCACCUGAAGCUCUCAAGGCUAAAGUAGCCGAGGCUAUGGACGUUCUCAGAAGUGUUGCUGGUGGUGGUGCAGCUGAGCAGCUUGCCUCCUUGAACCUCAACUGACAACCUUGUCUCUCAAAUGUUUCUUGUAUUUCUGUUCGAUUUGGAAAAAAAUUACAAAUAUUUUAAUUGUGGCUUUUUGUCUUCUCUAUUCACAAUUGGAGAUUCUUUAUUUAUCUUUUUUUCUGUAGGAUUCUUUGACUUGGUUUUGUGCUUUCUCCCUCCACCCUUCAAACUUAACAUGAUUUGUUUGAAAACUUGAUUUGAUAA